AUGCGUCGUCUGCCCGGCGCAGCGCUGCAUGCAUUAGGCGGUGCAGCUCCAGCUCCGCCAGGCUUGCUUCUGCCUCUUCUGUUUCUUCCUUCUUUCUCUCCGGACAAUGGCCAUAUGCGGAAGCCACUCCUACUCAUCGGUUCGCUUCUCUCUGAGACGCAUGCGUUCCCGCGGGCCUCUCGCCUCUUUCCUUGCUGUUUCUGCUCGCGCUUCUCCGCCUCCUCUGAACUCGGCUCCGAAGCCUUCGGCGUCGCCUGUCUCGCCUGCGGACCUCCUGCCGCAUCUCAACUCACCUCAUCGUGCGCCGCCUGUCUCGCUACCUCUCUGCGAGCGCUAUCUCCCUGCGGCUCUUCGCCGAGUCUCUCGCGCCCGGCUGUUUCUUUCCGGCCUGAAGGGACGCGCUGCUACUCUUCUGUGAGUUCGCGCGGACACUGGCAGCCAAGAAGCGAGACUCAGGUGUCAACGGCCUCUUUCGCGUCUCUCAGAAGGAUUGCCCGAGGCGGGCAGAGGAUCGUCGCGAGGAGACGACCCGCGAGUGAACUGUGCAGAGGAGGUCUGCGGGGACGGUCGACGACCGUCACUGGCCUCUCUCCAGGGGAACGUGUGGGCGGCGCAAGAGAGAAGACGAAGGAGACCUGCGCAAAGUCGAGAGACUCUCUUGACCAAGCGUCUCCCCGGUUUUGGGCGAUUCGCCAGCCGCAACAACCUCUCGCCUCUCGCCUCUCAAACAUGCUCGCUGCUUCAGGCUGUCUCUUCUCGUCUGCCUCUCCCUUGUCUUUCUCGUCCCCGUCUUCGUUGUCUUCUCCGCCGUUCAUCUGUUCCCCCUCUCGCGUCUGUUCGUCUGAAAGAGAUCCGUCUUUUCAGCGUGCUGGCCUGGAGACCAGUGCAUGCAGUCCGCACAGAAAACGGUGCGGGAGGAGCGGAGACAUGGCGAGGAGACAAGAGCGACGCUUCUGCCGGUUCCGCCCAGGAGACACCCGGGGCCUGGGAAGAACGUCGCUCGCUGCAUGCGACUCUGGAGGCUUCAAAGCCGUCUCACCCCAAGCAGGCGCGGAGACAGAUGAGAGCGACUCUUGCGCAAAGGAGAGUCGCGAGGGAAAAGCAAUCCAUCUUCAGAGGGCGUCGAGGGCCGAGGCAGAAGAACCGAGCGAAGCUGGUGGAAAGCCGCGCGGCGCAACUGUGUCCACGAGUCUGCAGAGACUGUACAGACACGACGGAUGGCCAGAAGAAGGCGAACUCGUCAACGGCCAAGGCCUCGCUCUUCGCACCUACACUUGGUGGCCAUGCCAGUGCAAUCCAUGUCUCGCUUCUCUCGGAAGAGCGUCGUCGAAAUACACAGACGCAUCUCUUCGGCUCGAAGACCCGGCUUCCCUCCCUUCCUCUUUUCUGUCUUCCUCCUGUUCGUCUGUCUCGCCUCCUUCCUCCUCUUCCGCCUCUUCGCUCCUUGGUAAAUUGCCAACCGCACGCUGGUGGCUGCGGGGGUCUGAGAGCGCCGCCGCGGCAGGGCCAGUGCCCUCGAGGGAAGAAGAGGGACAGGCCAACACUGAAGAGACGGUGCAGAGGAGCAGCGCGGAAAAGAAGAGAGAAGGCAACGGAGACUGGUGGUGUCUCGUCGGCGAGAAAGGCGAACUGCAGCGAGACAGGAAAACCGGACGGACUGCCUGCGCGGCCUGCAACAAGCCAAUUCGAGGCGUUGUGAUUCUCGUCCACGGAUACGGCGAACACUGCCGGAGUCACUUCUUGCAGAAGUUGCAGGAGAGACCCCGGGCGUCUUCAGCACCGACCGAGACAACAGAAGAGGAAGGAAGGCGCGGAGUAGGCGGCGAUCCAGUGGAAGCUGAGAGGGACGCAGACUUCAACAGAGCAAGCGAUAAACGCUCUUCUCUUCCAGAUUCUCCUCCGGCGACUGCCUCUGUGUCUUCUGACUCUUCGGUCUCUUCGAGUUCUUUCUCUUCGCGCGCUUCAUCACUUGACCUCUCUGACGCGUCGUCAGAUCUGCCUUCUGUCUUUGCUCCUGGGCCAGAGUCUUCCUUGGGUUCGCUGUUUUACGAAGGCAGCUGGGUGCAUGCGCUGAACGCACGGGGCUUUCUCGUGGUUGGCUUCGACUUGCAAGGUCACGGCUUGAGUGGAGCUUGGCGCGGCCUGCGGUGUGUAGUCUCGGAGCUCGACGACUUUGCUCGCGACGCACUCCUCGUCGUCCUCUCCACACAGAGACGUUUCGGACGCCCCGACAGAGACGCCUUCCCCUUCCACCUUCUCGGCAUCAGCAUGGGAGGCUGGACCGCGGCGCGAGCCGUCGAACUCGCUGGCCAUUCGGAGACACUCUCCCGCUGCUGGGCUCAUGUGGGCGCUACACCGGAGACGCCCCACAAGAGGGCCAGGGAGACCGGCGAGGAAGACUCGGAGGGGAGAGGCGCGACGCCAGCAGCCAUGCGCGGAGAGGAGAAAGCAGGCGGAGAAGAACUGGACCGGUGCGGACGCUCAGCUCUCCUGGGUGCGGCAGGAAGAGAGGGAGAGAGGAAGACGAGGAAGGAGAGAGAGAGCGGGGAGGACAAAGAUGAGCAGCAGCUCGCGUCGAAGAAGACGCCGCGCGCGAACCUUUCGCCAGGCUCUCACCAGAUUCCGAGCGAGGUGGCGAACCUUGCACUGGGGCUCACAGGACUCAUUCUCGUUUCGCCCAUGUUCGAUCUGGAGAGACGCAAAGCCAAGCUAAAGUGGGAACUUGCCAAGUACGGCAUCCUUCCUCUCGCUGCGUUCUUCCCGGGGGUCCCUCUCGAACUCUUCGCUCCCUGGAGACGUCUGAAAAGUGACCGAAAAAGAAAGCGGGUGGCAGAGUACGAGAAGCUUCGCUUGUCUUUUCAAGCCGAUCCCCUGACGUUCAAGGCGUCUCCUCCGGGAGGUCUUGUUGCUGCGAUCAUGCGCGGGGCGCAGCGGGCUCUCGAGCCGGAAGAGGUGGAGAAAAUAAACUGCGAAAACGUAGAAAGAGUUUUGAUUCUCCACAACGCCACAGACUCCAUCUGCGACGCGGGGGGCGCGGUGCAGUUUUUUCAGCGCCUGGGAUCUGGAGAGAACGAAGAUGCGCAGACCAGCGGGGAAGAGGAGACGCGCGAGUGUGGCGAGGCAGAGCGAUUCAGGCAGGGCGACCCCGACGCAGCGCGUAGACCCGCGAAGAGGCGCGGACAGAAGGCUCCUGAGAAGGCCUUGAUUUUGCUGAAUGUCGGAGCGGCAGAGCGGAGCAGCGGGAAGCGAGAAGACAACCUUACAGAGCAGCAGAGAAGCUUCGCAGCCUUCGUCGAGCGCGAGAGAGCGAGAGCCGCACUGGAGAACUCGCAAAGUGGAGAGGACGCAGCAUUGAGCAAAGCUGCAGGCGGCGGGCAGGCGGGGGGAAAUCGAGGUGCAAAUGCGUUGUGUGAGUCCGCAGAAGACGCAGAGGUCCGCGGAACUCGUGGUAAAGGCCAGAAGGUGAGGAGGAGCGGAGCAGAGGCGGAGAGAGACUCGACAGAACAAGUGGAGAAAGCGAGGAAGAAGGAAAAAGUGAGCUUCGUCGAAAACGUGGAUGUGUGGCACAACCUCGCAAACGAGCCCGGACAGGAGAAAGUCUUCGAACUCCUCGAUGCCUGGCUCGAGGGAGACACACAGAGAAAAGAAUGCGCGGCUCGGAAGGAACAGACAGAGCCUGCUGAACGUGGACGCAGACCUGAAGAAUGA